GGGAUGGGCACAGAUGGGCACUUGACUCCUUGUGACCAGCCCUGCAGAUGGGAGACGCAACACUGGCACAUGAACCAACCUGCUCUUCAAUUGUUCUUAUCGUCUUAUAAACCCCAAGUCUUUCACAGUUGUCUUGCAUUUCACGAUUCCGACUCCUCCUAGACUUCGAUUGUCAGCCAGAUUUCACCGCCCUUCUGUCCUAUCCAAUCUAUCUAGGCACCAGUCCUUCAGUUCAUCCACCUCGAACAAGAUGCCUCUUUACAACGUCACCCUGAAGGAGAAUGCCUCGCCUGAGGAACUCACCAAAGCAAAGGACAAGGCCAAGUCAGACGGCGGCUCAAUCAAGCAUGAGUUCACCUUGAUUAAGGGUUUCACCGUCGAGUUCCCAGAAGACAAAGUCGGUGUCCUUCAGACCAACGAGCAUAUCCAUGUCGAACAGGAUGGCGAAGUCAAGACACAGUAGAGACAAACUAGGCAUAUGGGACACGUUAUCAUGAUCUUGCAACGACCGAUCCACCCUAGAGCUUGAUGUUGAGCUUUCAUCAUCGUGAGGGAAUGACCACUUACAGGGAACAAUCAGGGAUUUGACGACGCAAGCAUUGCGCAGGGCGCUUGGGGCCUCUGGACACGAUUUGUUGAGGCUAAGCACGCAGACUCAUCAAGAGCACGAUUAAAGAGCCGUUAGACCGCAACCUUGAGCAUUCGAAAGUUCU